GGCAAGACCACGUCCUACAAUCAUACUUCCCUUUAUUGUUGUUAGUUUACAGUAUUCCAUUGUCAUUAGAGCAUUUACGUACAAUGUUGGGAGCGAGACAUUGUAAUAAAGUCCAACAGUUGGUAAGAAAGAGAGACAACUGAAGUAUUGGCCAUCUUCCAAACUCUUCAGACCAUCUUUUGAUUGUCAGCUGUAUUUGAAUGACCAUUCUUCACAUACGGAGCCCAUAAUUCACAACCUUAGGUAGAUAUUAGAAUUCGCAAGCUUUUCUUGUGGGAAAACUCACCGAAAGCAUAGGUGAUAAGGAGUAUCAUUUGCCCUGUUCUAGCAGCUUGUUCUGAUAUGCUAAAGCUUUCAGACAUCCCACUAACACUGUUAGCAUAAACAGCUCCAUUAUAGUUCAUUGAUAAUUGAAUGAUAACAAUUACAGUCAAUAUAGUCCAUUUUUUCCUCCGAGAGAAUGCAAAUCCUGUAACUUCUGGUGCAGCAUCCUCAGUUAAUACUAUCUUACCACUUCCUGUCUUCUUUUCAAAAUACAUUUCGUUAGGAGUAUCACCAUAAUUGCUGCCGAUAGUCUUUCCUGACUGAUCAGAGCCAUCUCCGAUGUCUUGAAAUCGCUUCACUUGUUUUUCAUUCAUUAUUUGAACAAAUUUGUUGACAGUUCUAUUCAGCUUAAUUAAGUGCGGAGUUCCUCAUCUAUUUAUAAUCGCAAUUCUUUCAUGCUGUUAUUCAGGGCAGCUUUUUCUCCGGACCGGUAGAUUAAAUUGUGGGGCUCAAACUUUUAUUGACCAUCCAUAUAGUGCAAACCGCGAAGAAUUUGUGUACUUGCGGAACUCCGGGGAAAAAGAAAAGACACAACAGUUUAUAGUUUGGCAGCCAUGACGUAAGACGCAAACUUUCUCUCCCUUUAGCAUCGUAUUACAUCGUAUUAAGUCAAGUGAUUGAGCAAUACAUGUGUUAAUUCGCUUAUCCCAAACGUAAAUGUAAAUGUUGAAACUUCGGUGAUACUUCGGUGAUAUGAUCUGAUAUGCACGAAUAAUUUGUUAUGAAUCAAUCAUUAAAGCUUAUAAGGAGAUACUAGAAUUCAAACCGAAUCAAGAUUUCAAUCGCCUGGUUAAUUUUCCAUUCAUGUGAGCCUCCGAAUAUCUAGGAGGUGACGUUAUACCUGAAAAUUGAGUUUCUUACAUAAUAUUGAAGAUAUUAGCAAUUGUGAAUUUAUUUGAGUACGUUAAUUCGUAUUUGAGCGGUCGUAUAGUCUGCACUUGGAGCCCAAUCGUUGGAUAGUCUUCUAUCACAUUCUAGAGAAGUGAAGAGGGUGAAUCUACCAGAAGUCUCUAGGAAAUGUAGAUGACUAUAUAAGCUGAGGUUGUAUCUCAACUGUAUACCAUCAACAACAAACUAACAAAGCAACUUCUCAAACACACUUAACUUAGUCUUAAACACACAAUGACAAUCUUCUACAACCAACCAAGCAACUUUGAAUUCCCAAUUGAAUUCUUCAUUGAGGAGGUUGCACCAAGAAAACACGUUAAUACAGCACCUUCGACGUCUAAACCACGCCUUGAUUUGUUAGAAUAUGAAAAUUCAUAUGAAGCAAGAUUGAACCUUGCAGGAUACAAGAAGGAGGAAUUGGAUAUAUCAAUACAUGACCAUAAAAUAACUGUGAAGGCUACUCAUCCAGCUGAAGAAGACAAAGAUAACGGAUUCAGCUACUUGAUCAAUGAGAGUCGUCUUAAACACACAAUGACAAUCUUCUACAACCAACCAAGCAACUUUGAAUUCCCAAUUGAAUUCUUCAUUGAGGAGGUUGCACCAAGAAAACACGUUAAUACAGCACCUUCGACGUCUAAACCACGCCUUGAUUUGUUAGAAUAUGAAAAUUCAUAUGAAGCAAGAUUGAACCUUGCAGGAUACAAGAAGGAGGAAUUGGAUAUAUCAAUACAUGACCAUAAAAUAACUGUGAAGGCUACUCAUCCAGCUGAAGAAGACAAAGAUAACGGAUUCAGCUACUUGAUCAAUGAGAGUCGGUCAUCAUCGAUCGCUAGCCGGACAUGGAAACUCCCAGAGCAUGUCACAGAAGACAAUAUCCAUGCUUCCUACACUGAUGGAUUACUCACUCUGAGAUAUUCAAGACACGCACCUGAAUCUGAACCAAAGAGGAUCAAUAUCAAUUAAUUUGUAUAAACAGAUAAUUAAUUUAUUCUAAAUAUAUGUUUCAUAACGUACUUUUAUUAUUUCACAAUGCUGCAGUAUUACACAUGCGUCGCUACAAGGUUUCCAACAUUCUGCAUGAGGGACGUAAAAGAUCCAUCCCAGCGGAAGACAAUUUGUCACUUGACGAUCAUGAUAAAAGUAGUAAAAGUGGGUUUGUAAGCACCAUUAGUGUCUGACUAAUGUUUAUAUCAUCAGGCGCUUCUCAAGCCAUCACC